AUUCAUAGCCUUUAAUUCCAACUUAGUUAGCUCUCAUCUCUUUAAAACAGAAAAAGAAAACGUGAGACAAUAUAUAUGGCUCCUCCAAUUUAUUUGCUGCUUUUCACCAUUGCAAUCCAAGCAUUUGCGGCAAGUGGGUGCUUCGAGAUUGAGAGAAAUGCACUGCUAGCUUUCAAAGCAGAUCUAAUUGACCCUCGCAACCGCUUAGCCUCGUGGAAAAGCCAAAACUGCUGUACAUGGAAGGGAGUCGUUUGCAGCAAUACAACCGGUCACAUUUUGAAGCUCAACCUGCGAAACUCCUACGACAAUAUUGAUUACCUUUAUUAUGGUAAAAGACCGUCAGCUUUGGGUGGUAAGAUUAGUCCAUCUUUGCUUCUCUUAAAUCAUUUGGAGCACUUAGAUCUCAGCUUGAACAAUUUCAAUGGAAUUCGCAUCCCGACGUACUUUGGUUCUCUAAAAAAUUUGCGGUAUCUUAACCUCUCUCAGGCUUGUUUCAGUGGAAUGGUACCUCCUCAACUUGGAAAUCUCUCAAACCUUCAUUAUCUUGACAUAAGUUCUAUCGGUUGUGAUGCUUACGAUAUUGCAGUAGACAACUUCGCGUGGUUCACUCAUCUAUCUUCUUUGCGUUAUUUGGAUAUAAGUUUUGUUGAAAUGAGUUCUGCUACAUAUUGGUUACAAGCAAUAAACAUGCUGCCAUUGUUGAAAUAUCUUGAUAUGAGCAUGACUAGUCUUCCCACAAUUCCCAUUUCCCUACCAUAUCUCAACAUUACAACUCUUGGAGUCCUCAAAAUUGCAGGCAACAACAUCAACUCUACCUUGCCUAGAUGGCUAUGGAAUCUUACUAGCAUCACUCAUCUUGACCUUUCUCUCAAUGAGUUUCAUGGCUUUAUUCCUGAUGAAUUGAGUUGUCUGAAGUCCUUAAUUGUUCUUUCUUUAGGAUAUAACAAUUUCGAAGGCCUAUCACCAAAACCAUUUAGUAAACUUUGUGGCUUAAAUACUUUGGAUUUGACUGAAGUUGGUUUUAGUGGAGAAAUAAAUAAAUGGGUAGAGAAAUUGCCGAGCUGCACGCAACAAAAUUUACAAAUUUUGAAUUUUCCAUAUAACAACUUAAGGGGUAAUUUAUCAGGUUGGCUGGAGAACAUGACUAGCCUAACUGAAAUAGACCUCAAUGGAAAUUCACUAAAUGGGACCAUCCCACUUGGGGUUUGGAGGCUUACUAACUUAACUAGAUUAUAUCUCAAAAGUAAUUUCUUCGAGGGCACUAUAACAGAAGUCCAACUUUCUCACUUGCAAAGGCUAAAAUGGUUAGACCUGACAGAUAACUCCUUUAACGUGCAAAUUAGUCAUGAUUGGAUUCCUCCUUUUCAGCUAAAAGCACUUCACUUGUCUUCUUGCAAUCUGGGACCUAAAUUUCCUACUUGGCUUCAAGGACAGACACAAUUGGAAGCACUUGUCUUAUCAAAUAAUGGAAUUGUUGAUACCCUUCCCAAUUGGCUUUGGAAUAUUUCCAGCUCCUUGGUUUAUGUACAUAUCUCUAAUAACCAAAUCAAAGGGAAAUUACCAUGGUCACUGGACCAUGUCAGGCUACAGUAUUUAAAUUUGGGCUCAAACCAACUUGAAGGCCCAUUGCCAGCUCUCCCACAAACUCUUUCUUUCAUGAAUUUGUCCAACAAUCUUUUUACGGGAUCGAUGCCGAACUCUACAUUCUUAAGUUUACAGUAUUUGCUUCUUUCAAAUAAUAGCUUCGGCGGCAAUGUGCCACUCUCUUUAUGUGAGUCAGUUUCACUUCAAGUUCUUGAUAUAUCAAGCAACGAGCUAUCAGGAGAAAUUCCUUCGUGUCUAGGGAUGUUGCAAGAUCAACUUCUUGUUCUUGAUAUGAUGAACAAUGCUUUAUCUGGAAAAAUUCCUACCUCGCUCGGCAAACUAGGGGCUCUUGCGAUAUUGGAUUUAAGCAAUAAUAGCUUGUCAGGGAAAAUUCCUUCUUCUUUGCAAUAUUGUACACAGUUAAUUAAUCUUAACCUUGGAUAUAAUAAUUUUUCUGGAACAAUACCUAAAUGGAUUGGAGAAAGCUUACCGUUUCUCAUGGUGCUCAGCUUGUGCUCAAACACAUUUUCGGGUAGCAUACCUUCGGAAAUUGUGCAACUCGGAUAUCUACGAGCCUUAGAUCUUUCUCACAACAUCUUAUCUGGAUCUAUACCCCGAUCUAUUGGAGAAUUAAGUUGGGAAAAAGGAGUUCCUAUAAUGCCAUUUUUUGAAUACAGUAACUAUAAUGUCUCAGCCGGCAGUGUCGGCAGUGUAUAUUUAGUUGUGAAAGGAGAGGCACGAGAAUAUUCGAAACUUCUUUAUCUUUUUGAAAGCAUUGACCUUUCUUGCAAUAAUCUAUAUGGAGAGAUCCCUGAUGAGAUCGGAGAUUUACAGGCACUGCAGAAUCUGAACUUAUCGAUAAAUCAUUUGACAGGACAUAUUCCAGAUCAAAUCGGUAUGAUGCAUGCAUUGGAGUCCCUUGAUGUAGCAAUGAACAACCUUUCUGGGACUAUUCCACAAAGUCUUGCUACACUGAAUUAUCUGAGCUACUUAAAUGUGUCGUAUAAUAAUCUAUCAGGAAAAAUUCCGUCAGGAUAUCAACUGCAGACCCUUAAUGAUCCAUCUAUAUAUAUGGGCAAUCCAUAUCUUUGUGGGCCACCAACUACGCAGAGUUGCUUCACUAAUGAAACAAUUCAUGUCUUUGGAAAAAGGUCGCAUGACCGGUUUGAAAGAUUAGGGCCGGACAUUAGUGUGGUGUUAGGAUUUAUAAUAGGAUUUUGGAUUUUCUGUGGUGUUUUUUUGUUAAGCAGAUCAUUGAGAAUUUCUUAUUUCUCCGCAAUCGACCGCACAUAUGAUAGGCUUUAUGUUGCUGUUGCAUUAGCACUCAUUAGCUUAAGAAGGAGAUUUAGGGAAGUGUAGUUUUUUGCAGUUGCAUUUUAUGAUGCUCGAAAAAACUAAAUAUUAUGUUUCAAUUUACAAAGUUAAUGUACUAGCAUGCAGUGAUGAAACGAUUGCUCUUUUCGGAAUCACUUUAUCUGUGUUUAA